AUGGCGGCUACAGAAUCGGAGAAGUGCAAGUUUUUAAUCGUGGGUGGAGGCAUCGCAGGGGUCACACGUGCUGAUCAGACAGUAUGCACCGAAGAUGGGAGACAUUAUGAAUAUGAAAAGUUGUGCAUAUGUGCAGGAGCGAGACCAAAGCUGAUCACCCACGGCAACCCUCACGUGCUUGGAAUCCGUGACACAGACAGUGCACAGGUGUUUCAGAAACGUUUGUCCAGUGCCAGAAGAAUUGCCGUGGUGGGGAAUGGAGGAAUAGCUCUGGAGCUUGUGUAUGAAAUAGAGGGCUGUGAAAUGACCUGGGCUGUAAAGGAUAAAGCCAUGGGAAACACAUUCUUUGAUGCUGGAGCAGCUCAGUUUUUAGUUCCUCAGUUGGAAUCUGCGAAGCCGAAGGCUCCAGCAAUUUGUAAAAGGACUAAAUACAGCACCGAAGAGCUUUGGCCAGUGUACAUACAGUUAACCAACGGGAAGACGUAUGGCUGUGAUUUCAUUUUUAGUGCAACCGGAGUUAUCCCAAAUACUGAGCCUUUUGUCAGAGGUAACAAUAUGAGGUUGUGGACACAAGCCAGGCAGAUGGGAUGGUAUGCAGCGAAGUGCAUGGCAGCAGAUACACUGGGACAGUCUAUUGAGAUGGACUUCUGCUUUGAGCUCUUUGCACACAUCACUAAGUUUUUCAAUCAUAAGUUGGUCUUACUGGGAAAGUACAACGCUCAGGGCCUGGGCAGGGAUCACGAGCUCCUGCUGCGAUGCACUAAAGGUCAUGAGUAUGUGAAGGUGGUCAUGCAGCGCGGGAGGAUGAUGGGCACUGUACUCAUUGGUGACACGGACCUGGAGGAAGCAUUUAAAAACCUGAUCCUGAACCAGAUGGACCUGUCUGCAAACGGGGAGGACCUUCUGAACCCCAAUAUCGAUAUACAGGACUACUUUGAUUAGUGAUGAGCAGAAAUUAGUAUCAGUGUAAGAUCGAUGGUGCUCAAGGGACACUAUAGAAACUGGUGUGCGAUUCAGCAUUCAAGGAAGCCUCUUUUUAUUAAAUUAAGGUAAAGAAUACAACCAUAAUAAUAUGUGGUGACUGAAGUGUACGCAAGGGAAAUGCAAACCAUAAAAAACGCCAAGGACUGCAUGGUAUUUAUUUUUUUUAAUUUCAAAAUGUAUUGCAGUGUACAAUUUGUUUAAUA